GAUCAAGGUUCAAUCAAGCAUUUACCACCUUUAAGGUUCAGAUCCGGCCGUUGUGGGGCCGGAGCGGCUCCGAAAGGAGGGCACAUUCGGCCGAUUAUCUCCGACUUCGGCCCCGAUCAAGGGGAGGUCGAUAUCGCAAACAGCGCCAAGAGUGAAUCAAGGCUUGCGGGGUAUAAUGACGCACGCAUCUAGCAUGAGCUAUUGUUCUUAUUCAGCUUUGCUCCUCAGUUAUACAACUGGGUCUUGGUUCACGUCUUCUCGGAUUCUGAUCUGGUUGAAAUAGGUAGAGUCAGAUUCAGAUUUCGCAGGGUCGUCAGUGGACUGACUAGGCUGACUCGUCCAACCUGAGACGCUUAUCUGAUCCGCUGGGUCCAUGACAACGGGCGAGUUAAUUGUUUGCAGGCCUGCUCACAGCAGUCCUUAACAAAUGUGAUCAAACAAGCCCACCAGAAAAUCCACCCGGCGCUGACAAGAGUGUGUUGAUCUCCACUUGAAAGAGGCGAAACUGCUGAUGAAAGCUCCUAGGCUCCUUCGGCGCCCACAUCGGUUUUAGGACAUACCAUACCUAGGUAGUUAGGGCGCAAUUUACCACUUACCCAUGUAGGUGUAACAGUUCGUGGUUCUGAUUCCCUUGCGUGCCGUAUUCCCGUCAUCGUCAAUGCUAUCUCUUUCUUAUCUCUGUCCUGAAAAUUCAGACAUUUCACUAUUGCCCCCCCUGUGUCGUGAACUGUAUUGUCCUAUAAACCACGGGCAACCAGCCUGAGUCGGCACAUGACGACAGUCCCUUGUAAAAGUCGGCCAUCGCAUUCCAUCUGGCCAGUCAACUCACAACAGCCAUGAAAGAAGACUUUGAGGAGGCAUCGCCAGCCAACGGCGCUGAAUCGUCUUGCUCGGCUUCUUCAACAGGGUCGUCGCCAAUUCUAGAGCCCAUCAGGACCAUUGAAACACGCCGCAGCCGCACCCACGACCUUGAUGUCUUUGAGGCUCUGGAGCACGCCCUCACUCCAGAUGUCGAGACAGAGGCAGAGCGUGAGGCUCGCGAACCCAUUACUUAUACCAGAACUGGCACCAGUGUGACCAGCGCUGCCUCUCGCCCCCCAGACUUUGAAGUUUUCUUUGAGGACGGUGAUCCAGACAAUCCCCGGAACUGGUCAAAGGGUUAUCGGGCAUGGAUCAUCGUAUGUGUGUCGUAUUCCACGUGGGUCGUCGUCUUGUAUAGCACAUGUUACACUGCAUCGGUGUCUGGCCUGGCCGAGGAGUUUGGGGCGUCGACGACUGUGACAACGCUUGGUUUGACAACAUAUUUGCUUGGUCUUGCUGCGGGAAGUCUGAUUGUGGCCCCUCUGAGUGAGCUGUACGGUCGACAAAAAGUGUACAUCGUCUGUUUGACUGUAUGGGCUUUGUUUAUCUUGCCAUGUGCUCUGGCAACUUCGUUAACAGAAAUCAUUGUUGUGCGCUUCUUUGGUGCUGUCUUUGGUGCCGCCAUGAUCUCGAAUAGUCCUGGAACUAUCGUCGAUAUCUCGGAUCCAGAUUAUCUGGCUGCAGCCAUGUCCAUGUGGUCCAUCGCGCCUCUGAACGGACCAUCUACUGGCCCAAUCAUUGGGGGGUUUGUGUACCAGUAUCUGGGAUGGCGAUGGGAUAACUGGAUUCCUCUGAUCCUUGGUGGAGUUGGAAUUCUCAUGAUGAUAACAGUCAAGGAGACAUACCAUCCCGCAAUCCUGAAACAAAAGGCUGCUCGGUUGCGCAAGGAGAACGAUGACCCGCGGUAUUGGUGUCAGUAUGACCAAAGGGUUUCCACCCGUCAUCUGAUCAAGAUCAACAUGAGUAGACCAUUCACUCUGUUGGCAUCUGAACCUAUUCUGUGGUUUAUGGACAUCUGGAUAUCGCUGAUUUAUGCCAUCCUCUAUCUGUGUUUCGUGGCAUAUCCUAUCGUGUUUUCUCAACACCGUGGAUGGGAUGCAGGCAUGUCAGGGCUGGCCUUUGUGGGCAUCGGCGUCGGAACCAUGCUUGCCAUCUUCGCAGAGCCUCUUUUCCGGCGACUGAUCAACUCUCAGCCUCGAGAUCCAGUAACUGGCAGGCCUCAGCCUGAAGCGACGGCUCUGGUCAUGGCCAUUGGCGCCAUCCUGACACCGAUCGGCCAGCUUGUGUUUUCGUGGACAUGCCUGCCAGCGACCAUUCAUUGGGCUAUUCCGAUCGCUUUCGGCAUCCCUUUCGGUGCAGGUAACACCAUCAGCUUCAUCUAUGGCUCGAACUACCUGGCUGGCGCGUACUCCAUAUACGCUGCCAGUGCCCUCGCGGGAAACGCUGUUAUUCGAAGUAUUGCUGGCGGUGUUCUACCCCUGGCUGGUCCUAAGAUGUACGCCGCCAUGACUCCUCAGUGGGCUGGAACACUUCUGGGCCUCCUGGAGGUAGCUAUGAUUCCGAUUCCGUUUGUUUUCUGGCGAUACGGAGCCAAGAUCAGGGCAAAGAGUCCGGCCAUCAAGGCUCUGAGAGAGGAGCAGGAUCGACUUGAUGCGAAGAGAGCCAAGUAUCAGAAGAAGCUUGAAAGGAAGCAACAACGAGAAGCAGAAAAUGCAAAGACUGAGGAAGCUGGAGUGUUGGAGAAGACGGUAGACAGUUGAGGACAACAAAAUCAUACACGACUAUUUACAGUAUAUGUAGCACUCUGAAAUGGAAGUUGGGCAUUGUCACCUUGUUGCUGCGUCAAGAAAAAGAUUUAGGUGAUCGCUUGUUUCAUGUUUAAACCGCAAGACAGAAAUUGCCUUAUGCUAUCUAUUUUAAGAUACUUACUUACCUAGCCUCUGAGAGUGUGCUACUCAAAGUGCUAACAUACUAUGUAUGGCUCAGUUUGCCUGCAAAAAUAUAAAGACCAACUGCCAGA